CCCGAUCUCAUGAGCGCAGCGUACAUUUAACCUGUACCAUCAUCCUAUGACCGCAUUGUCCUUUCUAAAUCAAGGACCAGACCGCGGACUUGUGUAUAUUUUUUCUCUCUACCAUUCACUAACGUUUGUUUUACCUAUAUUUAUGAUUUUAUUCUAGACAGUCUUUUGUUAUCACAUGAUCGCAGCAUUAUUACACAACACGAUCCACGCCACAACAUUUCUGUUAAUGAUGUGACUGUUAGAGAAGCUGCAUCUCGGAAAUGGUGUAUCAUUUUAUCCUUGUCGCCUUAUCUCUUCUGCCAGUAUCAUUUUCUGCAGUCACUGAAAGGAACAAGUAUACCACGAAAUACGACAAUGUGAAUUUGGAUGAUAUUGUCCACAACGAAAGACUGUUGAAGAGCUAUGUGGAUUGUCUUUUAGAAAAAGCACGAUGCACACCAGACGGACUGGAACUGAAAAAGAACAUGCCGGAUGCCAUAGCGACUGAUUGCAGCAAAUGCAGUGAGAAGCAGAAGGAAGGUUCUGAAAUCAUCAUAAGAUAUCUUAUUGAUAACAAACCGGAGUAUUGGACUCCCCUACAAGAGAAGUACGACCCUACCGGUAGCUACAAGAAACGAUAUCUUGAAGACAAGAAAUCUGAAGUGAACGUGAUGCCUAUUGGGAACGCUUGAAGUGUUACAGUAUAGUUUAGAGACCUAUGUGCAUAUGUGGGUAGAGCUAUUUGUAAUAUAAGAUGUCAAACUAAAUAGCUAGCUAAGGUAGUGAGAACAACGACUUAGAAGCUGCGAAGUCUUGUAAAGACCUAGGCAGUAGCGUAUAUAAGGGGAGAAGCAGGAAACCUUGGCUUUUCCCUGAAUGGUACAAAGUACUGAUAAGUUCUGGGCGAAUUUACUAAUUUAUAAGUGAACCAUUACUUUGUCAUAAUGGACGUGGCUAUAGCGAACAUUGUCUGUAUUAUUUAUUUAUAAGCUGAAAAUGAAAACACAUUGACAUACGUUUGUCUGAAAAGCACGAUUAUGCAAUUAUCAAGCUCUCUAAGGUUUGAGCGAUGUUUUUUGAACAGUUUUAUUUAAUACCCACUGAUUGGAGAAGUCAAAGGAGAUCCAUGAAAGUGGUAUUUUGAUUUUACAAGUUGUAUUUCGAAAACUUUUCACCACGGAUUUAUCGAAAACUACUGAUUUAAAGGAAAAACUCCGAGACACGUCAAAAGAUUUGUCAAGGGGGACGACUUAUAACUAAAAACUAUUUCAACUCCUCUCACCCUCUGCCCCCCAGGGUCAUCCCCUUGAAAAUUUUAAGUGACAAGGGCUAUCGAUUAAAAGCUUGUUUGACAGGUCUUAUGAAGUCCUUUAUUUUGGCGUUUCAUUUUUUGAGAUCUGUCGAUUCGCUUUCGAGAAACUAGUAAACGUCUUUAUUUUUCUUAAUUUGUUCAGAUCAAAAACAAAAACACACGAAAUGCCAUUUUUUAUUUCAAUAAGUGUUCAAAAUGUUGCCCGUUAGGGAACAGCAACUGGGAAGAUUAGACGUGGCAACAACCAACUAACAACCCGAAUUUUCCGUAUUCUUUUCAUUAACACAUAUAUCCUGGACGAACUGUAUUUAUUGUUAUUCCUGUUUAGUUAUUUGUUGCUAAGGGAAAGAAAGAAUUCAAUUUGCUCUCAGUCUCCUUUGUGACAAUCUUGGGAUAGUGAAACUUAAUUUAUUGAUUCAGAUUUUACUUCCAAAAUGAUUUACACACUAGCCGAAAGAGUGGAAAUGAUUCUGAUUUAUGGUGCUCGGCAAACUGUCUUCUCGUUUAACGCCAGACAGCCGGGGAAGCUACUAACUUCUCAUAAGUAUGUUUUGGAGCUUGUUACUAAAUUUACUCAAACUGGAUCGGUUGCAAAUAAAAAACGUGAUCAUCGGAGAGUUUUAGACGAAGCCGCUCAAGAUGAAGUUUUAGGUCAUUUUGGAAUAAAUCCUAAUACUUCAUUACGCAAAAUUGUUGCUGCGACUGGUAUUUCAUUAGGCUCUGUACACCCAGUUAUUAAACUUCAUAAAUUUCAUCCAGUCAAAAUGAAAAUAUUGCAUUUUAUCUAAAUUGAUUUGUCAAUAAGAAUAACUGUAGGCACUGAAGUAAUGAAAAUCCUUAUGCUUUUGUAGAAUGGCAUACCCAGUACGCCAAAAAAAUUAAUGUAUGGGCAGACAUUUUAGGAAACAAAGUGAUUGGGCCAUUGUUUAUUAAUGAGAAUUUAAAUGGAGUCAUUUGUUUGGAUAUGUUGGAAAAUACCAUCAAUCCGCUUAUCACUGAAACCAUUGAAAACCAAAUCGAAGAGAAUGGAAACCCUAUACUUGAUGAGGCUGCAUUAUAUUUCCGGCUAGACGGCGCUCCUCCUCACUAUGUUCUUCCGCUUCGGCAAUGUCUAGACGGCGAGUUUCCAGAUAAAUGGAUAGGGCGAAGAGAGUCUAUAGAAUGAUCUGCUAGUUCUCCUGAUUUAACGCCAUUAGACUUUUUUCUAUGGGACCAUUUGAAAUCUAUUGUGUUUACUCCUCAACCUGAAAGUUUGGAUGAACAGCUUGUUUUUGAAAAUGCCCGUCAGGAAUUUGAAGAUCGCCUAUUUCAUUGUUUGGCCGAAAAUGAGAAGCAUUUUGAACACUUACUGAAAUAAAAAGUGAUAUUUUCGUGAGUUUUUGUUUUGUAACUGAACAAAUUAAGAUAAAUGAAGAUUUUUCUAAUUUUCUUGAAAACGAAUCGACCGGUUUAAGGGGAUGACCCUGGGAGGUAGAGAGUGGAGUACACUUUGGUUAAAAAGUUGUCCCCCUUUAAUCAGUGGUUUUCGAUAAAUCUGUGGUGGGAAGUUUUCAAAUGAACACCCUGUAUAUAAAUCUAUAUGUGUUCCAUUAGAACAGCACGAAACAGUUAGUUACCGGUUUACCUGGGGACAAAAUGAUGUUCCUUUCAACAUUUUUUGUAGCUCACCACUCAAAGCUCUAAAAAAACUCUUAAAAAUAAUACUCAAAGGUCCAAAUAGCUUGUUACAUUUUGUGACAGUUUCGUUUAGCGUUUGUACCCCCAUUCCACCGAAGUUCAAGGACCUUGCCCAAACCCAAGUUCUAUACAGGCUGUUUCAAAUUCGACCCUCACCAUUGUGAUUUCGGAAACUGUAAGAGACACGAAAUCGCUUAAAUGGAGGCAAAUUUGCUUAUUUGGGUAAUCAACAAAAUGCCGAUUAGAAAGUUUUGAAAUUCGAAGUACCGAGGGAGACAGAAAGCACCAAAUUUUUCCAAAAUCAUUUUAAAUUGCCUUAAUUUAUUGGUAGUGGAAUUUCAAAAUAAUUUGCACAUCAACAUUGCCACCUUUCUCCUCUACAGGAUGGCAUAAUUAGAAUUUUUGAAAUUGAAUUAUUUGAAUGAAAACAGAAUUUCCUAGGUAGACCUUGAAAUUACCAGUUAGUGAUUUGUUUCUCAUACCAGAUAUAUCCCAAAAUCAUUUUUAUUUUUUCCUGACUUUAUUUGAGAUGAGAUUUCAAAAUGAAUUCUCCUUUAAAAGAUGGUGCAGUCAAAUAUUCAAUUCCACACCUAUUCUUUCGACUCCCAUCACCAACUAUGUUUUUUCAAAUGAAGGCUAUAUUGGAAUUUGGUACAUUUAAAUCCUAAAUUCAGUGAUGUAUUUCCUUAGUAGGCCAUGAGCUUGUUGUUGGAUGAAAAUUAUAAGGAAAUAAAGAAGUAUGGUGAAACCUGAACAUAAAAUGAAAAUUUUGAUUGAUGCCAAUAACAAUAAUAUUCAUGAAUAAACAGAGGUAAUUCAUAGCAGAUGUUCAAAAUGUUGCCCGUUAUUUUAUAUGCAAAGCCUGACUCUUUUCUAUACAAUGUUCACUGCUCGAUUCAUUUCUCUUCUUGUCAGUCUCCCAAACUCUGUUGCUAUGUUUAAUUUGAGGUCUGGUCUGGUAUACGAAGCAAAUGAAAUCUGAUAAUUUUAAGGCCUACCUAGGAGCUUCUAUUUUUCUAGUAUAACUAAGGUUUGGGAAUGUAAAUGUAUGGCGUAUUAAACAUUUUUGGAAUAAGAAUUAAAAACUUUAUUCAUAGUAAACAUGUAAUAUCCUUAAGAAAAAAUAAAGUUUAUGGAGGGCAAGAGACGAAACGUGAUAUUGAAAUUCAAAUUAUGUCAUCUUGUAGAGGAAAAAGUGGCAAUGUUAAUGAGUAAUUUCUUUUAAGAUCCCCACUACAAAUGAAGCCAGUAAGAAAUAAAAACGAUAUUGGAAAAAGUCAUUUGUUAGGAUUAUUUGGACGUAUUGCAGUUUGUACUAGUAGAACUAUUCUGAACUGCAUCUUAAACAGAAACUAUUUUUGGAAUAAACAACACAGAAGCAACUCUCUCUUACGAAAUGGUAACAGCAUCUCUGCAAUUCAGUUACCUAAAAUACAUAUGGUUUGUGCCUGAUACCUGAAACAGAAAUGUGGGAAUACCCCUGGAUCGCCCAAAUUUAUUCAGCAGAACAUCAUAUGCCGAUUUCCGGAGUUUUUGACUUCAUCCUAGUAUUCUAUUCUUCUUUGAUAGUUAAAGGAUAUUUUACAAAUUCCAGUUUACUCCUGAGAGUUCUACUUUCAUUUGGUUUUCAUAGGUACAUUACUCUGGAAUUACUUACUAAAAGGUGAGGGGAAUUUUUUUUUAAAGCGCCUUGAUCAUACCCACAAAGAAACCAGUGGCGGAGCUUAGUUUAUAAUUCGAAAUACCUGGUUAAAAUUUGGUAUAGCCGCCUCUGUGGCGAUUCAGUUGGAUAUAAACUGUACAAAUUAAACCCCUUAAUCCUUACUGUUUAUUCACAAAGUGCCAACUAAAUCACUCAAGUAAUUCAAGGCAAAUUAAAAAUAUCAAUAUUAGAAGAAAUGAUCUUGAACGCCUUAUCUCAAAACAACUUCCUUCUGAAGCCACAGCGCUGGAGACGGGUAUUCCACUCCUAUUAGCAGUGCUGGAACUCCAUUGGAAUAGCCUUCAGCGGGUUGGUUACAGCCGUUUGAAUUCAACUGUUCCAUUCAGGUAAUUUUUCAACUUCGGGAAGAGAAGAAAGUCACAAGGACUCAAGUAAGGCAAAUAAGGAGGCUAAGGGGCCACAGGAAUGUUUUUACUCGUUUAUUAACAUUGCUGUGUGACAAGGAGCAUUAUCGUGAUGCUACACCUAGUUGUUUUUGACAUAAUAAACGGUGGUGUGAGUCAAAUUCAACCCUUUUCCUAUCAUUCGGAAAUUCGGAAUGUCGACCGACAAGCUGAACGCACAAGAUCCCGGAUUCUGUCGAUAUUUUUAUCGGUUCUUGAAGAUGAAGGCCUUCCGGUUAAUUUUUAUAACACAAUAGAAAAAUCUUUCACAAAACAAAAGUCGUUACGAACAACCAAAUGACUCUAGCGAGUUCAAACUUGUACUGAAGGCGGAUCACAUAUUUCUCUGUCUCCCUUCCAAGGCCGGCACCUUCAAGGUUGCCCGAUCGGACGCUACGUUGCCAGUCUCAUCACUUAACUUAUAGACCUCGUAUGCCAAUCACAUCUGGAUACGGGUGUAAUCUGAAGGAAAAGUCACCAACAAGAGCUGUCAGAAACAUUUGUAGAAUGGUGUACAUGUCCGCAAUAAAGAAACAUCACUGUGUUCCAUCAAGUUACAUCCGUAUCCAUAUGUGAUGGGCGUAUGCUUUCACUUCCGAUACACAUCCGUUUGGACCUGACGAAGCCAAUAAGCAGAAACGUACGUCGCUCGGCUUUUCAAUCCUUCUAUUUCUGCUCCUAUUCCUUUAUUGCGAACAUGCCCACGAUUGAGCUUCUUUUUAAUCUGAAUUCCCGCAAGAUUACUUGUCACUUUUUUGUUAGAAAUCUUAAAAAUCCAUGCAGUGGAACUGGGUUCCAGCAUUUAAGCCUAAAAGUACAAAAAAUUGGAUAUUUUGUUUAUAAAGUAAUCUUCGCUAACACUACUUAUCCUUUCAUAAGUAAGUCAUGGAACUUUUUUUAAUGAAAGACGUUUCUCUCCAGUAAGCUCUUACGUUUCCUAUGUAAAUUCGCUUAUAUUUCACAAAAUAAUUGAAUUAUAACCACAAAUGAACGUUUGCAUAGAUGGAAGUACUGUGUUUAUAGUGUCAUCGACAGAGUAUUGGAAUGUUCCCAAGUAUGGGUUUUGGGUUCUAGGUGAGGCCGAUAAGGUCAUAAAAUGUAAGCAACCAUUAAUUGUACUACACGUUUAUUACGUAUUUUCCGUUACGUCAGUAAUAUCUCCACCUCCUAAGAUUCUUUACCUGGCACGUUUUGGCUCUCGUGAUUGCAGCAGCAUUUUCUUCCUAAAUUUUGCAACUUCAGCUUUGAACAACAAUAAAAAGGUCAAAUUGAUCAAGUACAUUACAUUCAAUUGUCAAUUAAUGACCACUAAAUGUUUCCCCAAUCCAAGGUGAAUGUUAAUGGUAGAUGACAAGUAAUGUAAUUUUCUAACGCAGUAAUUACCUAAGGCAAAUCGUUUGUCUAAAUGUUUGUUGGAAAAUCGUAUACUUCUAAGAAUAAAUGAGUACAUUGUUUCAAUAUAAGGAAAAUAGCUUUGAUGUCUUUUCGACAAACAAGUUAUUUCUCUCAAAAAAGCUUAAUUGCGCAGACAUUACGUUAUAGAUGUUAUCCAUGAAAACUGAAAGAAAUGAAAACUUGCUUAGGCGUUGUUUUAGUAUUGUUUUUGGAUUAUCUAUAUUUACUCAAGCUUUUAGAAGUAUUUCUUAUAGACGGGUUUUGUUUGUACGUGCUGUUGAAGUCCAACGCCCAUGAAAAGAACGGCAUCAAGUGGGUUGACUCUGCACUUCUUACGCCACGCCGUCAUCAGUUCAUAAAUGAUUAACUUCAGCGCAAUUUAAAUGAUCUGAGAACAAAGUCAGCUACGAACAUGUAUAACAGAGAAAUUAAACGUAUUGAGUCAAUCAAUCGACAUUAUUUCCUCGCCCUAUCGGAAGUUAUCGUUCAUCUUGCAACGUUGUCCUUUCCACGUGUGCGAUGCAUCGCUGCAGCAAGUUAUCGUUUAUUUCGUGGAUGUUCCGUGUAUAUGUUUUUAAGCCAGCCUUUAGUAUGAAUGGAUUAGUCAGCUGGACAGGUUUGCUGAGCGGUGAGCUUAGAUAGUAGGAGUACGCGAAUGGAAAAUAUUUCUCUAUCAUGAGUUUUAUAGGGAAAUGUACGGAAAAAUCUAUGAUGUGUGAAAUAUGACUAGUAGGUGCAAAUAACUACUGGAGUUGGGUGCGUAUCAAUAUAUAAAGAUCAAAACAUUUUCAUAUACCCUCUGCCACUUUCCUCUUAAACAUUUUUUAGAAAACGAUCAAGACUCUCUGAAAUGUCAAAAAACGAAGUUUGUGCGAUUUUUAUUUUCUUUGUUUUUGUCUUCUUUCUCCGCGGCCACUGGGUUGAUUUUCAAAACGACAAAUAUUUUUCUUCGUUAGCAUAGUAGCAGUGAAUGGAAAUCCGAGCGGUACUUCUCGAUCACAUACUUCUCAGUGGCGUAAGAGGUAAAAUAAACGUACCAUGGUAUAUGGCUAAGGUGGUAGGUAAAAUUAUCAGCAGCAUUGGUUGCUGGCAUCUGGUACUAUAGUAGUUUUAGAUGUGAAAUUGAGUGGUCAUUACUUCCUAAACACCUAUCAUGAAAUCUACUUCAUUUUCAAUUAAAAGUAGAAAGUGUAGUAUUUGUUUCCUCUGUACACAGCUGAACAACACAAUCCAAGAAGUUUGCCAACAGCGUUAUUCAUCCAUUUUCGGUGAGAUUAGAUACCAGAACCAUCACAUACGAAAUCAGCUAUAUCCAAGCACUGACAACUAAUUUUGGUGAAGAAUAUAGUAAAAUAGUACAAAAAAAGGAAGAAAAUAUUUAAAUCUCGCCACUCACAAUCCCACGUUGCAGUACGAUUUUGUCGAAUGCGGUUGCUGUACGACUUUGUCGAAAAUUGGAUAAGGACACACCUGUAACGAUCUUGCAGUAUGAGUUUUGAUUUGAAACAUAGCCGAAUAAAAUCUAGUUUUAGCGGCAUUUUAUAAUACUAAAAGUUGGUCUGCGGUCAAAUCGUACCGACUAGAUUGGAUCAUAAAAAUCGUACUGCGGCUUUGGAUCGUGAGCGGCGGGCUUAACACUGUAUCUUUAUUAUAAAUGACGCCUUAUUAAAACAUUGAAUAACAUAAAAAAACAAGAUAUAAUGCAAGUUCCGACAAAAAAUGUCUUUGGGGGGCUUUUUGUAUGGAGAUACCCUUGAAGCACGCCGCUGGAGACCAGUUCUUCUCAAAUAACUUUUGAGCAACACUGUAGAACUCAACGAAAUUUGGACAGUUUAUUAACUUAUUUAUAUACAAUAUUGUUAAUUUUUUUCAAAGUGUAUUGUUGUUUGUCAUCGAUAGAAUGAACCAUUUUUAAAAAUAAUACUCAUAUUCCCACUUCAGUUAUUAGCUCACUCAAGUUUUAGAUUUAUGUCAGACUAUUAGGGACGUGACUGGAGUGUGAAUUGAUAUUAUUGACGGUAUUGAAAAAGACUAUUUUUCUGGAAACACACAUUGAUCAACGAUACAUUUUUUAUCGUUCCAAAGUUAUUAAUUUUGGGCCGUUUUUGAGCAUGGUGUGAAAAUAUUACCUAAUUGCGUUAGGCAGUACCCGGUUUUGCUGAGUAAUUACAUUGUCUGAACGUAAGACACUCAACUUGAGCGAAUCAAAGAAUUGCCUACAUACAUGUCGGGUCAAAAUUGUCUAAGUUGCAUAGGUGUUCUUUGCGAUGCGUUAAUUUCUUGGUAAAGUAACUGAAUUUUGAGAAUGAUGAUCCUUUCAAAACGCAAAUAUAAUCUUUAUAACACUAACAAUAGCCGAAAUAACCCAGUAGUAGUACUCGAUGCAUCCCGAUAAGUAGCCCAUUUAUGGGCCUGUGGGGGAGCUUCGUAUUAAUUUUUCUAUGAAAAUUUGUGUAAUUAUUAUUAGAGAGUAACAUGUUAUUCUGUAUAAGCAUACGUCCGACGAUGAUCCAUUUUCAACACACGGGCUGUUAGUUUUUGCUUUAAGUAUUGUGUUUUGAGAAAAUUUCAGUGGGUUUUCAUCUGCCUUUGUUCAUAAUUGUUGUAUUUUCGGUUACACAGAUUUAACGCUGGAAAGAAUUAGGGAUUAUAAGUGGGGUUCUGAAAAGGCCCUGAAAAUAAGUCAGAUUUCAAGUUGCUCACAUUUAUGGAAUCUUUCCAUGUAAAUGUUUUAAAGCAUAUGUGAACUUUCAUUAACAUAUUUCUUCUUAUUUUGAUACUUGAGUGUCUUUUAAGUCCCAAGGUUCGU